ACCAUGGGCUCAAGGAACGGAGCGAAAGUAGGAUACAAAAGCUCAUACCUGAAUUCAACUUCGGUGCGUCUUUCUCUUCUGGAUUUGAACCUCCGACAAGAUCAGAAUAUGGAGGAAAUGAACAUCGAUGAGGUAGUCGAUGUUCCUGACACGCCUGAUAGGUUAGCUGCCCGUCAUAGUAUUGGUAAGGAAUGUGUUGGAAGAGAAUGCAAUUCGUCAUUAACUGCUUCUUUGAGGAAUCCUGAUAUUGUGGAUGGCAAAUGUAUGAAUGGGCUGAGGGGCCGGGGUAGGCUGGUCAAUGAUAAUGGCCAGAACAGAAGAUUGAUUAUUCGUUCUCGCAAGAAUCUCAGCAAUGAUGAACCUAAGGGUUGUGGCAACUCCCUUGUACUUUCCCCUUCAGAGAACAACGAUGCUUCCCGGAAUGCUCACUUAUUUAGAAGACCAGUAAAAGACAAAAGCUCCAUUCAUAAGAUCAGGCAUUCUAUUGGAACAGAAAACAUGGAUAAAGGGAAAGGAAUAUGCCCUAAAUUUCCCACUAUAUCAUCUGGUUGUGAAGAAGGCACUGCUUUUUCAGAUUUAACUGAACAGAAUGGUCACAGGCAAAAGCCCAAAACCAUAUUUCCACAUGAUGCAUUUAAAGGUUUUUUGGUUGAAGAUAAAAGAAAAGAACAAAUACUGACCGUUGAUGGUUCUUCUUCAAAGGCAUCCAGCAAUGCCUAUAAGGGAAAGGAAAAAUUAGAGGACAAUGUAUCUAAAGGUCCUGAAUUGGCUGUGGCUCUUGGAAAAGGGGCUAAUAUGUCUAAUGAUUCUCAGCAUAAGACUGAAAAACAAAUGUCCAAGCCUGUUCAGUCUCUUACCCUGCCAAGAGUCAGUGGGCAAAAAAGGUUGGUUCGCAAUGGGUGUAUCUCCCCACAUAAUAUAGCAACAAGGGCAAAACAAUUAGCUGAGGGGCAGAGUACUAGUUCCAUUGCCAAACAGAAUCCUUUGGGGGCUGUGGUUUCCAAAAGUACUCCUUGUCUGAUAAAUAUUAAUGACAUAGUUUCUGAAGACUAUAAUGGUGAUAGAGUGAAAGGAAAAGGUGUUGUAAUUCAUCCUUCUACAUCAAAGGAGCAAGGUGAUAAAAUUAUUCAUACAACUGGCAGCAGGCCUGUCAUUAAUAAUGAAGAUGCUGAUGGAAGUAGUUAUGCCAUCAGAAAUACAUUUGGUUGCUCAGAAGGAUUAGGUGGUUGGAGAAGCACACGGAGUCGCUCAAGGUUCACUGAUCAUCCCUUGUCUGAUGUAGCUGUGCCUCAUUCUGGGAGAAUUGAUGGUGUUGGAAGCUUUAUUAGUCAGCAACAUAAAAACAGAGCAGAGCAAAGAGAUGCUGGUAGCAGAAUAAACCGCAGGGUUCAAUUUGAUUUUGCAAAAGAAUCCGAUGCAGCUCAAACAGCUUCCAGGAUUGACUCUGAGGUUGACCAGGUAGCUGGACCACAUCAUGCAGCAAAUACACUUACUAGAAGGCAAAAGAAACACAAAUUGACUUCAAGAAAUCCUGGUGAAUGCUCAACAUCAGUUUCUGAUGACUCAGAUAUUGUGUUUCUUGGUUCUUCUGGAGAGAAUUCAAGAUCAUCCAGACUUCAGACUCGUCAAAAUUGGGGCGGUUUGGAUCCUGUUAUUGAAGUUGAUGAGUUAUCACCUGAAAUGAGACAAACCAUCUCCCGUGGUUUAGACUGCAUAAAUAUUGAUGACUCAGAUUCUAGGGCAAGACAAGUAGAAGCAGAUGAAAUGUUGGCUCGGGAACUCCAAGAACAACUAUAUCAUGAAGAGCCUGUGGUUGGAGGUGGUGGGACUGAUGAAAAUUUAGCAUGGGCACUGCCCCAGGAGGACGUUCUCCAUGCUGCUUCUGGUGGAAGUCACAUUGAAUCUCAUCCUAGAGGCUCAUUGGUAUCACAUUCAUAUAGACAACCCCGGUCACGGCCUUCUCAAAAUCCAUCAAUUAGAAGAGGAGCCCAGGCUCGAGCUCCCACUUCUAGUCGACUAGCACAGUUGAUGCGAACCCAGGCUCGAGUUCCUACCUCUAGUAGAAUAACACAGUUGAGGAAUCACUUUUCCAGACAUCCUCCUACAGUAUCAUCAAAUAGAAGGAAUCUCCAGUUUCCUAUGGACAUGGAUUUGGACAUGAGACUCGAUAUAUUGGAAGCAUUAGAGGCUGCAGUCGGGGACCUUAGUGAUAUGAGUAUGGUCAAUCACAUCUUUCAAGUUCAGCGUGAUUUCAAUGAAAAUGAUUAUGAAAUGUUGUUGGCCCUUGAUGAUAAUAAUCACCAACAUGCCGGUGCAUCUGCCAAUCAGAUUAAUUGUCUGCCACAGUCUGCAGUACAGACCGACUCCAGUGAAGAAGCUUGUGCAAUUUGCCUUGAAAUCCCAACCAUUGGAGAAACCAUUCGGCAUCUCCCUUGCUUACACAAAUUUCACAAAGAUUGUAUUGAUCCAUGGCUGAGCAGAAAAGCAUCAUGCCCAGUUUGCAAGUCUUCCAUCACUUAGUUUACACUGGGAUUCUAGUACUGAACUAAUCAUGCUACAAUGAAUUACUUCACAUCUGCAAGCAUUCUCAUUUUGAGGCUGAGGUAAUCAUUAGUUCAAUUAUAUUGUUCUACCCAUUGGAUGAUGUUGUAAUGGAAAUUAUGCAAUGGCAGACUGCUCUUUAUACUUUUGUUCCAUUUGGUUUUUAAAUUACUAAAUCAUUUUAAGAUAAGCUUAAAUUCUCAA